AUGGAAUCGCUAAUUCCUGUGAUCAACAAGCUGCAGGAGAGUGCGGGCAAAAGUUCCGUCUUGGAAGGCAUCGUUGGACGUGAUUUUUUGCCGCGUGGGCCGGGUAUUGUUACAAGACGCCCGCUGAUUCUACAGCUUAUUAAUGUGCCUAUCGAGGCGAAGGAGGCUAGAACUACUGAUAAAGGAUCAGUGAUAACCCAAGCUGACUGGGCCGUGUUUGCUCAUCUGAAAGAUAGGAUUUUCACUGAUUUCGAUGAGGUCAGGGAGGAAAUUAAUCUCGAUACUGAACGAUUAACGGGUAGAAAUAAAGGAAUAUCAGGGAUACCAAUAAAUCUAAAAAUUUGUUCUCCAGAAGUUGUAAAUUUAACCGUGAUUGACCUGCCAGGCAUGACCAAAGUACCUGUCGGCGACCAGCCGUCCGAUAUUGAGAUACAAGUACGAGAUCUGAUAAUGGGCUAUAUAAGCAAUCCAAAUUCGAUUAUCCUUGCUGUGACGCCGGCAAAUCAGGAUUUCGCUACAUCGGAACCGCUGAAAUUAGCAAGAGAAGUUGAUCCCGAAGGUUGUCGGACGCUUGCAGUGCUUACCAAGCUGGACCUGAUGGAUCAUGGGACAGAUGCCAUGGAUGUGAUUCUGGGGCGUGUUGUGCCAGUAAAGCUUGGCAUUAUAGGUGUGGUGAACAGAUCGCAAGCUGAUAUAGUGAGCAAGAAGACGAUUGAUGAUUGUCUGCGUGACGAGCAGUCCUUCUUGCAGCGCAAAUAUCCCACAUUGGCCAGCCGAAAUGGAAUUCCUUAUCUCUCAAAGACAUUAAACAGACUACUAAUGCAUCACAUACGGGAAUGUCUUCCGCAAUUGAAAAUUCGGGUAAAUGUUCUAAUAGCGCAAUGCCAGACAUUACUCAACUCGUAUGGUGAACCUGUGCAGGAUUAUGCAAGUACUCUUCUCCAGAUAAUCACUCGUUUUGCAACUGCUUACACAACAACUAUCGAAGGGACAUCGAGGAAUAUCGAAACCUCCGAGCUGUAA